GGGCCUUGUGGAUUUCUGAUAUUUCUGUAUCUGGAGGUAAAACUUUGUUUUGCCUUUGCUUCCCCCCCCUUGCUCAAUGUGUGCAGAGUUCACAAGCUCUGUGCCAAGCAGCACGCUGCCCUUACUGUACUGGGGGGGGCUAUCGGGUGUAUUUAGAGAUCCUUCAGACAAAGGAGAAGAGAGGGUGUUACAGGCAAUUCUCCAUGUGCUCCUUCAGGGAGGAUGGCGCUGGCUAUGGAUGACGCUGACUAUGCGUCAUCCUGGUCCCUACAUGUGUCCCAGCGGAGACCUGGCUGGAUGCCUCGUUUGCCGCCACUCCCUAUCUGAGCGGCAAAUGUGCCUCUCCUGACCCUGCUGUGCCGCUCACUUCACGUGGCACACUGCUCACUUGUGAGGAGGGGGUUGAACUUUCAUAAAAACUGGCUUUGUGUUGUAACAUCCUGUUGCAGUCCUUUGCCUCUGAAAUGAUCCCUUGAGACCGCUGCUGCUGCCGAUUCUCCUCUUCCACAGGUACUUAUGUUGCUCAGCACUGCAGUGCUCCGCAUUCGAGAGGAAUAUGUAUGCCUUGCACCGACGGAGUGGGUUAUACCGCCCAUGAGAAUGGCUUGGAAGAAUGCUUGUCGUGCAGACAGUGCAAAGAUGAUCAGACAAUUUUGAGACCCUGUACUCCAACACAUGAUACUGAAUGCCGAUGCAAACAAGGGUAUUUCUGCCCUGCCGAGGACUGUGAAAUAUGUCAUAAAUGCAGUACAAUGUGUCCGGAAGGGAAAGAGAUUGUGCAGGCUUGCAAUGCUACUAUGGACCUAGGAUGCGGCUUACCUGAUCAAGGAAGCACAGCUCAUGUUUGGAUUCUUGUUGUGAUAAGUUUGGUAGCUCUUGGUCUUUUGCUGUUCUGUCUGCAUAGACAUCUAAAGUGUAAUAAAGCUGCUUCAACUGCUAAAGAUGCAGAGAAAGGUCUGGAGUCUGAGGGCAGUACUGAAAGCCUCAUUUUACCAGAAAUGGAGGCACCUGCAAACAACACAACCAACCCAGAGGGUGAGAACUCUGAUGAGAGCCCAGAAGGCCAAGUGCAAACCAGUGUUAACCUGGAAGUGAAAAACACAUCACCAGAGGAAAAUAGCGUUGCACUCUCUGAGCGGGGCACCAGCCUGUGUGGCAUGAAGUGCCAGGUGGAAAGUUGCUGGAGGAGGAUUGCUGAGUCCUCACUACCAGCAAAAACUGGGCAAAAUCCUGCUUUUCAUCAGAAUGGCCCAUCUAACGGCCCAAGUGUUAGGAUGCCAGCAAAUCAUACGAUACGAGAACCACAGUGUCAAAUAAUUGUUAAAGAUCUUUCUCAAAAAGAACUGAGUGAUAGCUUUUUGGUCUUUAUAAAAGAAGUACCACAGAAAAAAUGGAAGCCGUUUAUGAGAACACAUCUGGAGGAAAAUUCUAUUAAUAAAAUUGUUCAUAACUUUCCUAAUGAUAUAGAAGAGCAAUCUUAUCAGAUGCUUCUCCUCUGGAAAAACACACUGGGGGAGAAACAGUCUAUUAUUAAGCUACUGGAUGAGUUAAGGCAAGUAGAUACCAGGGUUUAUCAUAAUGUAUUGAACACUUUAAAAACUAAGAAUAUUAUAAGUAAGUUAGAAGCUGCAGAUUAAUAUUUACAACUAACUUGGAAAAUGUUCUUUUGUACAUAUAUAUGUCUACAAACUUCCUUUAAAUGAGGACAUCAGCAAACCGCUAGGAGAAGCGGUGGCAUGGACUUGGUAUCCUCCUCACCUUCACACAGGGAGCUGGAAGUGAUUUAACACUGUCGGUGUUAACACGGACUCUGGUUGUGAUGUUCACUAAGGUCUUUUGAGUUGUGUGAUAUUAAACUCAGGGCGCCAGAUGCCAGCUUGGAGCGAGGAGCUCCCACCCGUGUUUCCCUUUGUGUGAGGCAGGACCAUGCUUUUUCGAGACCAGGCAGUAAGAGCGAAGAGGCUGCUGCUGUUUUUGAGAAGAUCGCCGUGCUUUGUUUUCCGGAACAAUUGUGUUUCGCUUUCUACUGGCAUGCUCGUAACCUUAUGUUUGAAGCACAGCAAUAAAAGCCUGGCUGAGCCAGAAACUGG